GGCGAGGGAGCGUUUCGGGAAGAGGAAAAGAGAUGGAGAAAAAUAGUUGGUCACGAAUUUUGUGAUGGGCAGCAUGCAUUUGAUGGAAAAAAACAAGAUAAAAAACCAAAUAAUUGAGAGAGAGAGAGAGAGAGAGAAAAAAAAAAAAGAGAUAUGCCCACAUAAAUGCAAUGAACGGUGAAUUCUGAGCGACCUUUUUAUUUAAUUCUUUUUCUUUUUUCUUGCAUUCCAAGAUUGCACAAGCGAUCCUUCUUUUCCUUUCCUCUCUCUUUUCGUCCGAUUUAGGCAAAAGGCUCCUCUGGUCUUGCUUGCCAUGUGCUCCUCUCCUCCGAGUUCUCCAUUGGAGGCCUUUUGGGCUUUCGGGGGGUCCUUGGCUCCUUAGGAUCUUUGGUGCAUUGACGAAAUAUUUGGGGUUGUCGGUGGGGUUCUGGAAACUUGGCGUUGGUGGUAAUUCGGAGUUUUGAGGGAAAUCGGAUUGGGAGAUUGAGGAAGAGGGAAAUGGGAAGGUUGUAUCUGAGCCAGUUGUCUGGGCAGUUUUAUUGCUGUAAAACAUGCCAUUGCCCUCUUGCUUACAUUGAUGACAUCGUUUCCAGGACUUUUCAAAGCCGACGUGGAAAGGCAUACCUCUUUGAGUCUGUUGUUAAUGUUACAGUUGGGAUUUUAGAAGAUAAACUAAUGCUUACUGGUUUACAUACUGUUGCUGACAUCUAUUGCAACUCUUGUCAUCAACUCUUGGGGUGGAAAUAUGAGAAAGCUUAUUCGAAGGCCCAAAUGUAUAAGGAGGGGAAAUUUAUACUUGAACGUGACAAGAUUGAACAUGGAGAUGGAUCGAUUUCUCCAGAGCACUCAGACGAUGCAUAAAUAAGUCUAGAUACUAAGACCAUGGAUCAAAAGACGAAACUGUAAAUUUACUGUAAAUCAACUUAAUCUGAAACUGAUUUAACAUGUUCGAACUGCAAAGCACAACUGGAAAUGGACACAUUCUUUCUGGCAUGAACCUCUUGCGGAUUACGUCAGUUUCUAUGUAGAAGCUGCCAAAUAGAUCUGUUAUUGAUAAUAUUGAUGUGACAUGCUGUGCUUCGUGGGAACAAUUGCAUAGGAAACACGAAGUACCAAAAUGAAUGGAUUUCCUUGUGGCCUUAUCUUUA